AUGGAACCCAUUACCCGCAAAUCGGAGCUCUCCUUCCUCAACGAUAUGGUGCCACACACCCAACCCCAGUCAGGUCGGUCGGUAUUGCGACCAGCUGGCUCCGAUGAGAUGCAUGAUUUGCUUUGUGUCGGAUUUGGUCCGGCCUCGCUCGCUAUUGGCAUUGCCUUGAACGAUGCGAUGGACCCCGCUCUCAACACCCUGAAGAACCCCGACUUCAAGCCUAAGGUCUGCUUCCUGGAGAAGCAGAGCCAAUUCGCCUGGCACUCUGGUAUGCUGGUUCCGGGCUCGCGCAUGCAGAUCUCUUUCAUGAAGGACCUUGCGACUCUCCGCGAACCCCGCAGCAGCUUCACUUUCCUCAACUACCUGCACCACAAAAAACGUCUGGUUCACUUUACCAACUUGGGCACUUUCCUGCCUGCCCGCAUGGAGUUUGAGGAUUACAUGCGCUGGUGCGCCAUGCGCUUUGAGAAGGUCGUCAAUUACGGCGAGGAGGUUAUCGAGGUCAUUCCCGGUCCCACCAAUGCCCGUGGUGUCGUCGAGUUCUUCACGGUUGUCUCACGGAAUACCGGUACUGGCGAGCUCUCGUCGCGCAACUCCCGCAAGGUCGUGAUUGCUCUCGGUGGAAAGGCGAAGAUGCCUCCUGGAUUCCCCCAGGACCCCCGCAUUCUGCACUCCUCCAAGUACUGCACUCAAUUGCCUCAAUUGUUGAACGAUGAUUUGGCUCCUUACAACAUUGCCGUUGUUGGCAGUGGCCAGAGUGCCGCUGAGAUUUACCAUGAUUUGCACCGCCGUUACCCCAACUCGCGGACCACACUCAUCCUGCGCGAUACGGCUCUACGUCCCAGUGAUGACUCUCCCUUUGUGAACGAAAUUUUCAACCCAGAGCGCAUAGACAAGUUCUACGGUCUGAGCGCCGAAGAGCGUCAGAAGCGUAUCGCUACCGACAGAGCCACCAACUACGGCGUGGUCCGUCUGGAGCUCAUUGAGGCCAUCUAUAACGACAUGUACAUGCAGCGGGUCGAGAACCCGGACGAGACGCAGUGGCAACAGCGCAUUCUCGCGGAGACCAAGGUCGCACGGAUCGAGCACCACAACGCAUCGAAGCGGAUGCGUAUCCACGUCAAGUCGGUCAAUAACCAGAGUGAACACAAGGAGGUGCUGGAUGUGGACGCCCUCAUGGUCGCAACGGGUUACCAGCGAGAUGCGCACGAGGAUUUGCUCCAGAGUGUGCGCGGCUUGCGGCCCGUCGGCGCCACGGGCUGGAACCCCGGGCGUGAUUACCGCGUUUCGCUUGAUGCUGCCAAGGUCAGUGACCAGGCCGGUAUCUGGCUGCAGGGCUGCAACGAGAAGACCCACGGUUUGAGUGAUUCCCUGCUCUCGGUGCUUGCCGUCCGAGGUGGCGAGAUUGUCAGCUCCGUGUUUGCGGAUCAAUUGGCUGGCGCUCCUUUGGUGCAGGACACCCGGGUGCGCGCUAUGCUGUGA